AAGCCAAAUUAUCUCUGGGCGUUUACUAAAUACAAUGCAGUAUGGAUCACAACCUGAAACAGGAAGCCCUGCCGAAUGCCAUUUCCGGGCAUGACUCCAGAAACUGGACGUCAUUGCACGAAGCAGUUGCGGCAGGAGACGACAAGCGUGUCCAAAUAUUGCUGUCCAGCAGUGCUGAUCGCCUGGCCAGAGAGUCUAUCCAGGGCAACACAGCCUUGCAUGAAGCAGCCAGCCGUGGGCUCAGUCGCUGCGUAAAGUUACUCUGCGCUCCCCCACCCACAAAACCGCAGCAGAAGGAGAAGAGCAGGCUGAAGGCGAGGGUGGCAAACACGAUCGAGGCUCUGCACAAUAGCACGCUGAACAUUAUUAAUAACGAGGGUCUUUCGGCGCUUCAUUUGGCAGCGCAAAAUGGCCAUAAUCAAAGCUCUAGGGAGUUGUUGAUGGCCGGGGCAGAUCCCGAUGUUCAGAACAAGUACGGCGAUACUGCGCUACAUACUGCAUGCCGUUAUGGCCAUGCAGGCGUUACGCGUAUCCUUCUUUCGGCAUUGUGUGACCCCAACAGGACGAACCUGAAUGGGGACACUGCGUUGCACAUUACUUGCGCCAUGGGCCGCCGGAAGCUGACGCGCAUUUUACUGGAGGCAGAUGCACGUUUGAAUGUGAAGAACGCACAAGGCGAGACGCCUCAAAACAUUGCGAUCAGAAAGAAUUACCGGGAAAUCAAUGAAAUUCUGAGCACUCCAAAGCGUAUACGUAACCGUAAGGAAAAGCCAAAGGAACAUGAGAAAUUAAUGCCAGCUCAGGAUAAAGAUAAAGAUAGUGCAGAUAAUGCGAUCAAUUGGUCCCCUUAUGGCUGCCACUACUUUCCCGAUCCGCGCUCCUUUCCAUCGCCCAAACUGGAGACCUUACCCAAAGAACCGCUAAAGCAAGGCGAACAAUAUUUUCUUGACCUCGCCGGUAACAUACACAAGGGACCAGUGAGUGUUGGUAACACAUGCUAUUGUGGCCCCUUCUUCCGGCAUAUAGAAAAUAAAUUGAACUGUAAUCGCAAAAGUCUAAAGAAGUAUGUACACAAAACAAAGGAACGACUGGGCCACAAGGUCCAAGCGCUGGCGAUAAAAACGAAUGACCAAAUCGAGCAGCUGACCCGAACGAUGAUCGAGGAUCGGAUUCGUUGUGAGAGCAAGAGGCAAUACCUCAACGAAUAUCUCCGACGUGGGGAACCAUUUCGCUCCACAUUUGACAAUCAAACCAAAAGUCAAAGAGUCGAACGGACAUUGUCUCGAUGCCGAAGCUUGGAUUUGCUUGAAAGCAAUUUUGAAAACGGCAAAAUGUCUAAUUCUAAGAGUGUGGACAUUUUAGAAAAGGAAAAUCAAACUGUUGUUGAUGUUGUCUACCAUCCCCAUUCGAACGAUGUGCCAGUUGAGAGCGAUUCUCGUUCCAACUCUAGUACUGGAAUACCGGAAAAUUGCAAUGAUGUCAUGGCCUCAGCCGUUUCGGCAGCUCAGGAGGAACUUAAGCAAUCGAAACUGGAUGAAUUAAAACAGGAUUUCCUUAAGGUAUCAGAGCGACUUGGAGAUUUGUUGGAGAAAACAACUCUUAUCAUGGAGAGAGAUAAUGAACAAGAGAGUAAACGGCAGCUGUGCUCACUUUCGCCGGAACAAAGCAACCCAUCCAUGUAUAGCCCAGAGAAUCCGUGUCUCCUGCUAGAAAAUAAAGAGAAUGGCAACAGUCCGAGCUAUGAUGAGUAUACGAAUGUGCAGCGACGGUAUCCCAACUCUAGUGAAACUUCGAAUCCCUCACAGAACUCGAACAGUUGGGAGUUUGAAACCACGCCUCCAGGCGGCCAAAAGUACUAUCAUUGUAUUGGUAGAGGUGAAAACAUGUUGAAUACGGUUAUUAAGGCACUCCGCAAGGAUGGCGUUUUCACGGAUAAUAGCAAAGACGACGUGGCUUUCAACCAGAAUGCGGACAGAAUAUGUGGAGACAAGUUACUUUAUAAGGAGCAAGCCCACGACACUCCGUCACCGUCUUGUAGCACAGAUGCUGUGUUUCAUGCGCGACAGUCCCGCAUAGGUUGCCCCAAAUCUAUAUCCAAUUUAAUGAAACGACAACCACUAUGUUUAGAGGACAACUACGUGGCAAACCCAACUCCAUUUAAUUCGAAUCCCAUCGGUUUUGCUGAAGGAGACAUUGCAGAUCACCCAAGCGGGCUACCUAUAAGGCAAAGCUCCAAUGAUGCUGUUGGAAAGGUUGAAAUUAAAAACAGUGAGAUAAAGUACCUAAAGAAAUCUAAUACAGGCCAAGUCAAAGACAUGGUAGCACAUUUGCAGGAUAAAAUAGAUUCGAGCAAUCAGUUUGACAAUGAUGUGACCUUAAGCUCAGAUUCACAGCAUUCAAAUAUAAUGACCCCGCAUUUGAAUAACAGCUUACACAGUAUUUCCACCCAUGUAGGCGCUCCUCAGCUUCCGUUGCAAAAUCCUUCCUCUCUGUACUCAACCCACAUGAGGAAACCCCGACAGUUCGGCGUAGCUGAAAGGCAAAUACCCAAAGAUGCAUAUUUUCACGAUCUCCCGCAUCGGUCACAAAAUACGCAAAGAACACAAAAGAUGUACUCCGGAGAUAUAGGAAAUGCUAUGUUUGCUGGGGGCUAUACGGGACAGCAAGAGUUUGAUGCACCCAGCUCAUCUCUAACUCUCCAUAUUCAAUCACAUGAUCAUGAACCAUUGCAUCAAGAGUACAUUGGCCAAGCUCCUAAUGUGGCUGACAACAAUCAGCUUCAAUAUCUGCAUGGAAAUCUGGUUCAAAAUGUCAACUCUAUUAGAGCGCAUUCCAUGAUGUUCCGAAAUCAGCUGCCGCAUAAUGUCUUAAACGGUGACGUCGAUAUUGACGUGGAUGAAAUCGCAUCUGUCGGCUUAUACAAUAAUGUUUCCAGCCUAGUUUGAGUUAAAUUUAAGAAAGGACAAUCAACUGUGCAGAUUUUGUAGCUACCAUUUUGUAAAUAGUUGUCACAAUGUAUUUAUCAUAAUUAUUUAUAUGUAUUUAUAUGUUAUCCUCUUUAUGUUGCACUAUACCAGUUAUUUGUCAAAUCAUAUUCUGGACGAUUGGCCGCAAAGUAGCAACAUUAGCAGUUAAAUUUCAUAAUUCGCAGCAUUUGUUUGGCACUAUUUGUCUGAAAAUAUACAUGUGUAUGCAUGUAUGUACUUAUUCUGUAUCUUCACU